GGUCACUCGAACGAUUCUCAAAGCAUAACGAGAGUCCGAUCGUCGAGGUCAUCACUUUUAGUAAUCUCAUUUAUAACCAGUUAAAUAGUGAUAUUUCGCUGCAGUGUAGUAGAGACGACUUAACUUGUACAGAAUGGGCGGGCGUACAGAUUCAGAGUCUGCGAAUUCCCCGGACGCUCUCGAGCGUAAGAGAACGGCUAAGGCAUGCGACAGGUGUCGAUUGAAGAAGACAAAGUGCAGAGGGAGCCAGCCGUGUGACCGAUGCACCGUAGAUAAUUCGAUAUGCACAUUCGAUCGCCCGCGCAAGGUCUGCGAGAGAACAUAUCCCAAGGGAUAUGUUGAAUUAUUAGAAAAACAGCAAGACGUUCUCGUCGGCGGUCUUCAGAAGCUGUAUGCCAUUGCAUGCGACGGGGGACUACAAACGAGGCCAGUAGCGAAUACGCGGUGUGGCCCGCCUCUUACUACAGAUAUUCUUUCCUGGCUGGGUGAGUUGGACACAGACCAGGGGAGUCCUUUCUUUGAGAAUCCAGAAGAUCUGAAGCGGUUGAUGUUCGAUCAAGGAAAGUCUACAUCGCCUACUACUGCCGAAGACCUAGACUGGACCUGCGACCCCCCAGCUAUAAACUUGGAAAUGGACUGGGACUAUGAACUAUUCUGGCGAUCGGGACUGGAUUAGGAGAUAUCGGGUUAAUAUUGGAGACAUUCCUUCGUUAAUGCGCGUCUUGCACGGGGAUAUCUUCUGUCACAUAUGUACAUAGUUCGGUUAGGAACUCGUCAGCUUCAACCGAGAUGGAUGCUCAAUCGUAGACCCCGAUGAUCU